AUGGGGCUUGAAGACGGUGGCUCUGCUGCCGGUGCCGGAGAAGGCGGGGGAGGAGAGGGGGAGAGAUUCCGGGUGCUGGUUGUGGAUGAUUCGCCUGUGGACCGGAAGAUCGUGGAGAGGCUUCUGCUCAGGAGUGGGAACCUCUUCGAAGGUGAGGAACGGGUUUCAUCUCCGAGAAAUGUCAACCACCCCAUGGAGAGGCUUUUCAUCACCGAUUUAUGGCACCUGUUCCGAUUAUUAGUUUUUAAUCUGAAGAUUUUUGUACUGUUCACUGCUGAAAUAAAUUGCUUCGUUUUCCAGUGAUUGCCGUGGAUGGGGGAAAGAAGGCGAUCGAAGUUCUUGGGUUGAACUACGCGGUGGACGAUCCUCAAGCUGUCAAUGUAAGUCGACGUCGCGACAGUCGCAUUUAAUUAGAGAGAAACCGAGUGUUCCUAUAAAUUACAAUGUGAGGAGAACUCAACAUCUCCCUCUUGUCGUAGGAGUUUUUCAUUGUGGUAUUGACCAGAGAUAAUGCCAGAAGAAAGUCAGAGAUCCCAUAUCUCCUAAGUUCGCUCAGCUUUAGCACGAACAGGAUCAUAAAGCCGUAAGAAUAUGCCUUGUGCUUGAAGAUGAAAGUAAAUAUAUUGUUAGUAAAAAAAAUUCUACGACAGGGUUCUGGUGAUAAAGUUUUGUUUCCUCGUGAUGGAAGGCAUCAACGUGAUGAACCGAAUGAUCAUAUGAUUCCAUCCUUCAUAUGGCCGUGUUGUGUCUAAUCGAUUGCUUCUCCUCUACGCAUUCUCAUUCCUACAGUCGACAGACGGCAGUAAUACUUUCACCAGGAUUAUGCUCUCUUUAUUAUUAUUAUUAUUAUUAUUAUUGUUGCUAUUAUUAUUUGCAACGCGAGUUUGAAUGAUGAUUAGCGGAAAUUGUGGUGCAGGAUUGUAGCGUUGACUUAAUCCUCACUGAUUAUUGUAUGCCAGAGAUGAAUGGUUAUGAGCUUCUCAAGGCCGUCAAGGUUUGGUGCUCUCCGACCUUCGGAAUCGCUUAUUUGUUUCGUCAUUGUUUCUGCCAUCGCUAGCCUUAUUUUUCCGCCAUGAUAGGAGCACAAGCUUCGAAAGUCUAUUCCAGUGGUCCUCAUGUCAUCCGAGAACAACCCACAGAGGAUGACCAGGUGGGAUUCAAACCCAGAUUCCUUGAUCUCUGGUUUCUUCUCUUUCCCUGCUUUUUCUUCUCAGCUGCUGCAGAUGGACGAAGUGGAUAUUCAUUGAUUGAUAACUGAUGCAUAAACCUAGCUUUAGAUCCAUUAACCUGAAGAUUUAGUCAUCUGGGCCAACACAAUUAUUUUCCACUUAUUUUCUUCUUUUAGUAUGUUAAUAUGAAAAAUGUAGAUAUUUCCAUAUUUGCUACUUCUUUGGAUUUCAUCCUAUUUUUUGCCUCAAUAUGGCAUGAUUGGCAAAGGAGUUUCCUAGGAAGGUUCCAUGGAUGGGACGGUCUCUGUGGCCCGCUUCACUCUAGAAUGAGAGAUCGUUGACUUCGGGGGAAGUUUGAUCUAAGGCAAGGAGAUAAGUUCGGAUGUGCCGUUUCCUUUGGGUUGACAAAGUCUACCUAAAGAAGUCAACUUUAGACACAGGGCAUGGAACCCAGGUGACCCAUAACCAGUGGUGAUGAAUUCCAAAAAUGAGAUCAUCUCCAAUUGGCGUCUGUUGGUCUCUCAUUGUAGGUGCCAGGCCAUGGGAGCGGAGGACUUCAUCCUGAAACCUCUUAAAGCGGUGGACGUACAGCAGCUGAGGCACUACACCCGACCGGCAGCGGCGGCAGCGGUGGCAAUGGAGGCUGAAUCUGCGGCAAAGGCAGAUGGCAAGAGGAAACUGCCACCGAUGAAGGUUGUGGGCGAGAACAAGGGAUCAGAGAGGCAGCCUCGGCCCAGACUCGCUAGAGUUGCUGUCUCGUGA